CUGCAUUUAGGAGGACACUAAUCUCGUUUUCGGUGGACACUCGAAUCCGCACGGGCAAAGAUUACGCCGACCCUGCCAUAAAACUUCCCCGCAAAUUUCCAAAUCUGCCCCCGCGGAAAUGACCGAACUGCCCUCCACUGCCAUGAUUAAAAUCCUCGCCUGUUUCAUUUCCCGUCGAACCAAAGUACGUGACGCAUCUCUCUCUCUAAUUCUCCCUCAUGGAUCCUCCGUCUCGCUCCUCCGUGAUCAUCGUCGGCGCCGGCGUCUCCGGUAUUGCCGCGGCCAAGGUUCUGGCCGAGAACGGCGUGGAGGACAUCGUCAUACUGGAGGCGACGGACCGAAUCGGGGGCAGGAUGCGCAAGGAAGCGUUCGGAGGCGUGUCAGUGGAGCUCGGCGCCGGCUGGAUCGUCGGCGUGGGAGGUAAGGUGCCGAAUCCCGUUUGGGAGCUUGCCGCCAAGUCUUCCCUCCGGACGUGCCUCUCCGACUUCAGUCAUGCUCGCUACAACAUCUACGAUCGCAGUGGGAAGGUGUUCCCGAGGGAAGUCGCUGCCGACUCGUACAGAAAGGCGGUGGACUCGGCUACCGAGAAGUCGAGAAACCAGCAGGAAACGGAUGGCGGUGACUAUUUCUCCGGAGCGACAGAGCCUCCUUCGACGGCGAAGACGCCAUUAGAGCUCGCCAUCGACUUCGUGCUUCACGACUACGAGAUGCCCGAGGCCCAGCCUAUACCGACUUACCUUGAUUAUGGGGAAGGAGAAUACUUAGUGGCGGACGAGAGGGGAUACGAGGAAUUGGUACGCAAAAUGGCGCACGAUUUUCUUGUUACGUCCGAGGGCAAGAUUUUGGACAGUCGUCUUCAGCUCAAUAAGGUUGUCCGGGAAAUACAACACUCGAGCAGCGGAGUUACUAUUACUACAGAGGAUGGUUAUGUCUACAGUGCCAAUUAUGCCAUUUUGUCCGUUAGCAUUGGGGUUCUCAAGAGUGACCUCAUCUCGUUCCGGCCAUCCAUGCCCAGAUGGAAGAUGGAGGCGAUAGAGAAGCUUGACGUGACGGUGUACACGAAAAUCUACCUAAAGUUUCCUGAAAAGUUCUGGCCUUGUGGACCCGGGAAAGAGUUCUUCAUGUAUGCACACGAACGGAGAGGUUAUUACACAUUUUGGCAGCACAUGGAGGAUGCAUACCCUGGUUCCAAUAUUCUGGUUGUGACGUUGACAAAUGGAGAAUCAAAGCGUGUGGAGAGUCGAUCUGACGAAGAAACACUGAAAGAGGCUAUGGAGGUGCUUAGGGAUAUGUUUGGGCCCAAUAUACCUAACGCCACCGAUAUACUCGUGCCCCGCUGGUUGAAUGACAAGUUUCAGCGUUGCAGCUACAGCAAGUACCCCGUCAUAUCUAAUCAUCAGGUCGUUCAAAGCAUUAAGGCCUCGGUAGGACGCAUCUUUUUCACUGGUGAACACACAAGCGAAAGAUUCAGCGGUUAUGUACAUGGUGGAUACCUCGCAGGCAUAGACACAAGUAAGGCUUUGUUGGAGGAGAUGAGGAAGGAGAAGGAAAGGAAAAGCGAGUUGGUAGACCCAUGAGAUUAGAAGACUCUCAAGUGGACUUGCCCAUCAAUCAUAUGAUUCCCAUUCAAAUAAUUGACAAUAACAUUUAUAAACUUUCUAAAUCAGCAUGACCUGCUAAAGGCAAAAAUUAAAUCCAAUCAGCUCUGCCUUUC